AUUAAGGGAUGUCCCACAUUGUGCUGUAAAUGAUCAACUUUUAAAGCACUUUUUCGAGCUGUCAGAGGUUGAUCAAGCAGACAUGGACAAUCACGGGAAACAUGGUGAAGUUUACCUACAACAUCAGAAACAUGGCAAGAAUUACCGUACAGCACAUUCCAUUGACAAAAACACACCCUUAUGAAAGUGUACUACGUAGAUUCAGGCCAUGCCUUCACACACACAGUACAUGUGAGGUAAAUGAGGGAUUGGCAGAAAGUGGAAGCGAUAUUGGUUGGCCCUUCAUCCGGAUAGUCGGCACGGCGUGGCACGGUUAGAGUUACUAGAAGCCAUUAACGAACGGUCAACUGUGGUGGUCAGACGACAACCAGAGAGGAAAGUUGUACGUCUGGCCGACUGUGUGAGUGUCGUCGAGCUGCCUUCUCACGCAGCGGCUUGUCCAGGGGAAAACAUGUCUGCUUUCUGUGUGGAGAUGGAGGACAAGAGGCUUGUGUUUGCAGCAGAGAAGGAAAGGUGUGGAGAAUGGGUGGACAUAAUAUGUAACAAUGCCUUUCAGAAACACACUAAAAGUGUGUCACAGCCGAUACCUCUUCUGGAGGACAAUCAGAUCUGCAUGUCCAGAGAACAAUUGUGCAAUUUUAAAGUGGUUGUACUGCAGAGCGAGGCUUCACUUCGAUGUGGCCUGAGAGGACAGUACUGGCUACAAGCUGGUGAGGACAGGCUUGUUCUUCAAGAUCUGGAGACCAGGAGGACCGUCAUGGAGUGGCCACAUAAGCUUCUGCGCCGCUAUGGCCGAGAUAAGAUGCUGUUUUCUCUGGAAGCAGGCAGGCGCUGUGAAUCAGGUCCCGGCACCUUUAACUUUGAGACCAGACAGAGCGACGAGAUCUUUCGCCUCACUCAGUCAGCUAUUCACCUACAGAUGAGCCUUGCCGUUACCAGAGACAGCCACUCACCACAUUAUCCACAUUUUCGUUCUCCUCGCUCACCCCUUCCAAGACGCCCUGAUAGUUUUACUUUGCUUGAUACGAAGGGCAGCAACAGCCCUCAGCCUUCAGACACAAAACUGCCCUUGAACCUUAAUCCAGCAGAUGCUCUUGACCCAAACAGAUUUUCUGUACAUACAAAACCAGCAAGUCCUAUAGGCUUAACUGAAGAUGUGUAUGCAAACCCUACAGAUUCCAUUAGCUCCUUAAAAAGCACACAGUCAGAUCCUGGUGGCUGUAAUAGCUCGAUUGAGCCAGUUUAUUCAAACCCUGAUGUGUAUUCUGAUCCUGCAGAUGCCAUCCGCCUGAAACCUAACAGUUGUGUCCAUGCCAACCCUACGGACACGAUAUACAGCCGGCCUGACAAGACAACGCCUAACAAUGACCAGCAGCAAGACCCAGUGUAUGAGUACUCUGAGGUGUAUGACCAUGUCAAACCAAACACAAGUAAUAGACUUGACCAGACUGAGGGGCCUAUUUAUGGCGUACCUGAGGUUGUACAGUCAGCUCAAAACAAUAACUCUCAGAGCAAAAUGUCUUGUGAUGAGAACCAACCCAUCUACAGCAAAGUUAACAAACCACCCAAAACCCCUCAGUCUCUCCAAGAAAAGAAGCUAAGCUUAACACCCGAGGUUGUCUCUGAGGACCAUGGAAUGAUUUGAUUUAAACAUGUAAUAUAAUAUAAUAACAAGUAACUCUUAAUAUUUAAUACGCUACUUGAAUGCACCCCAAUAAUUUCAUUAUUUAAUAAUCCAUUGUACAAAAUGUUGUGGGAUUAUAUGAUGACUUGGUAUAAACUUUACAAGCCCAUAAAAACUUGCAUGUACUGUUUGUAUAUUUUCUUGUUGUACCAAAGCAGAAUUAAAUGUUUAUUUUAA